AUGGGGAUAUGGUUUAGUAGGGGUUGCAAUCAUGAUGAACCUAUCGUGGCGGUUGAGGGCAUGUACACGGACCAGUUCGUUUAUUGCAGCAAGAAAGCCACCCUCAUUGUCGGUAACGUUAUGCUCCGGCACUCUACUCCCGAAGGUGCUGAGGUCUGUAACGUUGAAGAUCACGUUGGUGAUCGAGGUGUCCUUGCCAGGGCAUCCAACGAUCAUGCUAUUGUCGUUAGCCACAACCCUGAUAAUGGCACCAACCGGAUCAAGCUCCCAUCUGGGGUUAAGAAGAUUGUUCCAAGUGGAUGCAAAGAAAUGGUUGGGCAGGUUGCAGGUGAAGAGAAGCGAAUUUCAUUAAGCAUGAGCGACUGUGAGCAUAGGAUAGAGCGCAAUACUAGUGACACAGAUGGGUUCAACCAUGAAGCCGACGAUCUUCAAUGA